AUGGCUUUGCCAAUUCCGGGCGUAUACGCUUGGAGCUCAGAGCCGAAAAACCCGGUAGGCGCGGAGUAUAUUCUUAUGGAAAAGAUACAAGGAGUUCCCCUUGCAGAACGUUGGGGGCAAAUGAACAUCUUGGAGAGAUACAAACUCAUCGAUCAAAUUGUGGACAUCGAGAAGAAGUUGGCAGGAUUGACGUUUCCAGCCUAUGGAAGCCUCUAUCUACGAGACUCGAUGCUGCUGGAUGGAACUGGUCAGCAUGCACUCCCGGCAGAUUUGGACCCGGACGGGCUGUUCUGUAUUGGACCGUCCUGUAGUCGAAGCGUGUGGAAUAGGAGAUCUGCUGAUGUGCGCAUGCCAGAUGCUGGACCCUGGCUGUACAUGUUGGAAUUUGCAGAAUCUAUGCCACGUCGUGCACUGCGUCUCAUUGCUCAUUCAAGAGCUGAAGUCCAGGCGGAACUCUCUCGUUUCAAUGACGAUCAGUCCGUCGACGAGUAUGUAGACCUUUUACAAAAGGUCCUGGAGAUCUUGCCAGUCCUAUCGCAAGACCCACGCGUGACGCAAGCGCAGACCUCAGUUCUGUGGCAUACUGACUUGCAUCUUGGGAAUAUCUUUGUCUCCCAUGAGGAGCCGACCUUAAUCUCCGGCAUCAUUGACUGGCAGUCCGCUCAAGCCGCUCCAACGCUAAUCCAAGCACGAUUUCCCGAAUUCCUCCAACCACCGAGAAACUAUAUCCCCGGUGCCACAGCCCCUAGUCUGCCUGACAACUUCGACGAAUUAGACGCGGAUGAAAAGGCCAAAGCUACGGAAGAGAAUGAACUGGCAUCGCAGUCUAAGUACUAUGAGAUGUCCUGUCUUGCAUAUAACAAGCAUGUCUAUGAUACAAUGAAGCUUGACCGACGACUAUGGGAGCCCUUUACAUGUUCGCAGCUUUCCUCAGAUGGCAGCCUGGUCCCACUGCGUGACUCCUUGGUCCGGAUCUUCCUUGGUUGGCAUAUUCUCGGCCUACCUGGUCAUUGUCCGUUCAAGUUUACGAGGAAGAGCUAA